UUUCCGUUGCCAUAGUAAUAGAUAAUCAUGGUAUGUUUUGAGUGACAACCAGGAAUUUAUAAUUUGCCCAGAUACUAAAGAAUUGCGGCGUAAAUAAUAUAAAGAAGAUAUGGAUACAGCCAAUUGCCCUUUAAGUGAUCCCACAUACAUUAAAAAAAAGCGUGAAGAAUUAAAAUUGUUCUUUCAAGACGCCAAACUUCCAAAAGAGGUAAUAGAGAAGGCUAUUGAAAAUGAACUAAAGCCGUUAAAAGAAGGCAAAAGACCAUACAUCGCUGCAUCGCAUCCUGGUGAAGUGAAGUCCGAGUAUGAAGUAAUGACUGGGCAGCCAUUCACGAAGAUCGAAGAACAUAAUAGACCACUAUCGUCAAAAGAAAUAAAAGAGAUGAUCAAAGAUAGUCCUGUAAUAGCUGAAAAAGCUAGACAGAUACAAAUCUUAACAAACAAUGAAGAUCACAAGGAAGUAGCUAUUCCUUUGGAAGAUAUAAAUAUAGUUGGAUACACUGAUAUGAGAAAUGAGAUUGAAUCUGCUAAGGGAUCUGAAGAAAUCAACAAAAUUAACUACAAAAAUAUGACUGCCUUGAUGAAUUCUGUUACCGAUUAUGAAACAAAGAGUGCUAAAGUUUAUGAAAAAGAACAAUUUAACAAGCCUAACUCAGACGAGUCUGAAAAUGAUGAAGAAUUUUUAGCUAUAGAAAAAGUAGUCAGUCAAUACACUGAUAAAUCCUACGAAACCAGAUUCCAGGAGACUAAGGAUAUGCUACAUAAAUUGGCUGAUAGAUAUGAUGAUCCAGAAACUUCAAAGAAUUCUUCAAUCGAUUAUGUUGAAAUACCAAUAGAUCCAGUCCUAAAGGAAUCUUCCACACAAUUAAUUAAGGGGCAAAUUCGUCGCUCUGCGUUUGACGAAAUUAAAGAAAAGUAUUCCAUUAAUGAAGCUAUGAACAUUUCAUUGACUGAUAAUCCAGUAAGACCCGAUCUCAGCGGAGAAAUCAAGAAAAAGGACAACGAACCAAUAGAGGAAGAAGAGAUAGUCGAUGUAGAGCAAGUAUUUCCCAAGACUUUCAAAGCUAAACUAAAGGACACUGAGAAGGCUCUACGUGAAAUAAAUUCUGUUUUAACUAAAGCACCAAUGGCCAAUGAAAAUAAUAAUACAGAGGCUAAAGAUGAAAGAGAACUGCAAUCUUACGUCGACAUAGAAAAAUCAGUUCCAGAAAACGAUCAAACUGUUCAACCGACGAAUAGGCAAGUUUUUGACGAAAAAAUGGAACAAACUCUUCAUAGCGCAUUAGAAAAUAUAUUUGAAACGAGUAAUUCCGAAAAUCAAGAUAACAAAGAAUUAGAAUUUAAAGAAAUGAAAAGUUUAGCUCGUAACAUUGUCGAAGGCGCUGAAAACCUCAGCACUCUUAUUCGUGAAGAUAUUACUAACAAGUUAAAUAGCAUGAACGAAUUAUUGAACGAUGUUAAUGAGGCUUUAGAAAAUUCUAGAAAAUCUAAUAUUGCAUAUCAAAAGAUUAAAGAUGAAAGCGAUAUGUUACGAAGAGAGAGGAAGAAUACUAAGGGAACGUUAAAGCAUAAUGUUGAUACUAAAAUGUCAGGUAAUAAUGAUGAUCCUGACGUGUCAAUAGAAGAUAACGAAACAGUCACAGAUACCCAAAUAGACGAUAUUAAUACAGCUAUAAGUAAUCUUCAUAGUGAAUUGAAAUGUCAUGAACAAAGAAUUAAUCAAAGAAAGGUUAGUUUUGAACUAAGGAAUCAGGAAUGUAAGACUUUUAUCAAAGAAGUUGAUGAAGUACUGUUAAAGUCCCGAGAGGUUUUACAUCCAUCUAAAGAAAUUAUGCCUCAAAAGGUCCCAGCCGACAAAGAAGAAGAUCUAUCUGAAACGCAACAGAUUACAGAAAAAGAAAAGGAAGAUAUACAAACUGGCCGCAAAGAGUUCUGGGACAUUGAUAUCGUCUAUAAAGAUGAAAGAAACAAAAAGCUGGCAGAAUUCAAACAACAAGAAUUAGAGCGAAAUAAAAGAAUUAAUGAUCUUCUCUUUGAAAUAAAAGAUAAAAUGAAUGAUAACAAGGAAGUCUUGCGGCUCGCUAACAAUUUGUUGAGAAGAGAAGAGACCAGAAAGAAGACGUUACAGGAGAAUACAAGUAAAGUACGCGAGCUGCCCACAGUGGAGAUGGAUGAAAGAGCUCGCGGUGACCAUAUGAGGAUCAUGGAAGAUUCCAAAACCCACGAUAUGAAAACAAGUGAAUCCGAAGCGUCGACACUUGAAAAAAUGAAUGAAGAAAGAAAGAACAAAGAAGAAAAGAGAAAGCAAGAAGAAGCCGAUAAAGAAAAACAGAGACAAAGAGAGUACCAGUUGAAGUUGGAGAAAGAGUUGGAGGAGAUGAACAAGGGCCCGCGGAUGACGAAGGAGUUCAUCCGCAACCAUUGCAAGCAGCACAAGCUUUACUGCACGCCGUAUCUGAAUGAUAUACUGUACCUACAUUUUAAGGGUUUCUCAAAAAUUGAAAAUCUCGAGGAAUACACCGGUUUGAAAUGCAUAUUCCUGGAGAAUAACGGCAUACAGAGAAUAGAGGGAUUGGAUACGCUAUCGGAGCUCAAGUGUUUGUAUCUCCACUACAAUGUGGUGAGGAAGAUAGAGAACCUAAGCGGCUGUCCGAAGCUGGACACGCUCAACUUGGACCACAACUUCAUACCAACAAUAGAGAAUUUGGACGUGGUUCCCGACCUGCACACGCUGAGCAUCGCUCACAACAUGCUUACCAGUGUCGCGGAUUUAGACCAUUUGAAAACAUGCAGAAACCUGUCUGUGCUGGAUUUGUCGUACAACCGUCUGGAAGAUCCACUUAUAGUGGACGUGUUGGCCGACAUGGUGUUGUUAAAAGUGCUAGUUCUCACGGGAAACCCGGUAGUCCGCUGUAUACCGGCGUACCGGAAGACGCUAACCCUCCGUCUGAAGGAGCUACUAAACUUGGAUAAUAGGCCAGUCUUUCCGAGGGACCGGGCUUGUGCUGAGGCUUGGCAACGAGGAGGCAUCCAGGAGGAGAUCGCUGAGAGGAAAAGGUGGAUAGCAAGAGAUCAGGAGAAGGUAAUGCAGAGCGUGCGAUAUCUUAUUAAAAUGAGAGACGAAAAGAAAGCCCUGAGGGAAGCCAGCGAGAAGGAAGCGAGGGAAAAACUGGGUCUACCGGCUAAGGAGGAAAAUGUGGAGAGCCAGGAGACUGCAGAAGAUGAAUUAUUAGAGAUAGGUAAAGGGAUCGAAGGGUCCUCUACCUUAGAAGAGAAAGCUCCUGCAGAAGUGAUAACUAAAGAUGGAGUGCUGGUUGAUAUGCUGACAGGUUCAGAAGAAGAAGAUACUACUAGUGAAGAAAGCAGCGACAGUAGUGAUGAGGAGAAAGAGGAAAAGAAAGAAGAACCUGAGACCAGCAACAUCGAGUGGUCCCAGUUGGAACGCGGCAAGAGACUAGUACAAGAGCUGAAGGAUGAACAGCCUCAGCCUGUAAAUCCGGUACAGGACUACUGGAGUGGGUACAGAGGAGACUUGAAAUCAGGCCCCAAAGUAGGCGCAGACUUUGCAGCUGAUUUUCAAGCUAUCAACAAUUUAUUAUUUAACCAACCACCGCAUAUUGAAAAAAAAACUGCCAAGAAAGACUUAGAAGAUUCAAGGAAACCUAAUCAGCCGAAAAUAGUUGAAAUAGAAGAAGAGGAAAACAAUGCGAAUAUUGCUCAGAAAAAAACAAUUGUUGAAAUUGAAGAGACCAACAAUAAAGCACCUGAAACUGGAGACCAAGAUAUUAAUACUGAAGAUAAUAAGAAAUCUGAUUUAAACAAAAAUGUUCAUGAUUUUACACAAAACACGGGUAUUGAAAUCCAAGGCGAUAAUAUUAUUGAUCAUGAUAACAAGACAAUAACUGCAAAGAAAUCUAAUGUAACCAAACUCAGAGCAAAGUUUGGUGACACUAAUGUUCAAGCUAAGAAGCCAAUGAAAAGAGUAGUUAUUGUAGAAACGCCUCUUAAAACUGAUUCUCAAAAUAAAGCUGAGGAAAAUGACGAAGCAAAUAGUAACGAGGAAAACAAAUCUAACACCGAGGACAAACCUAACGAACAGAAAAGUAGAGACGGUUCAAGUCAGGAAAUUAGAAGUAAGCCCCAAGGAUCAACAGAGAGUACUGGUCCAACUCUCAUCGACUACAUGCAUCGCAUGAACGAGCCUGAUUAUGAAGGCUCUGAUGACCUCGAGCCCAGUGCUGAAGAUUUGGAGAUCUUCGCCGAGCUGGAGAAGGAGGAGGCAGAGAGACAGGCAAGGAUCGCUAGAGGAGAGCCUGCUGUCGAUCCAAUGAAAUUAUACGACAAGAAGACGAUGGAGGCGUACUACAAGGCGGAGGAGCAGGUGCCGGCACACAGAGUCUCCGACAAGCAGCGCUACACCACGUACAAACACGACAACGCGUUCGACAGGAUCGCGCUCAGCCAGCUCACCGCGGGGGACAGGCCAGACGAAACGAAAGUGAAGCUAACGCACGUGCCCGGCGCCACUCUAUUCGAAUACGUCGACAAGCAGAUGCCCCCCCAGUUGGAGUAUGAGAUUGGUGAAGAAAAGAUAGAUUCUGGACCGUCGUCGGGAGAAACAGAAUCUAUUAACAUAUCGAGUGACACAGACUCUUCCGAUGAAAUAGAAAUAAAACUACCAGAAAAAUCUCGGGCAUCUAAACCUAGACCGACCACUGCUUCUGCUAAACGUAAGAUUCUGUAUCCCAAAGAAGAUGGCGAUAAUUCACAAAACGCAAAAGAAAUUAGCGCAGAUGUUGAAUCCAAAAUAAAUACUCCAAUGUCGGAUAAAUUGAAAGAUGCAGACAGAGAAGAAGCUAAGAAAUGUAUUAUAGAUGCGAUUAACUCUUACGAAGACGAUAGGUUCCCAUCACAAGGAAACAAUUCCAAUAUGGAUCAGAAUAGUGUCAUCGAGCAGUCAGUGGCCUCAGAGAUCUUGGAGCGGACCCUUCAACACGAGGAAGAAGAGUUCUACCGGCAGUGCGACCUCAUCAACAACCACGCGGGAAACAUCGACAACAGGACCAACACUAUCAUCGAGCAUAUGACUGAGGAGGUAGAUAACGAAUAUACUCUCCCGGAGGUUUCCAGAAUACUAGAGGCGCAUAUGGAAGCGGCAGAACAGCGAUGGCGAGCGGGACAACCUUUACACUACAUUCCUACCAGUCCUCAAGUGCUAGCAGACGAAAAUGAUACCACUCUUACACCAAACGUCGAAACAUUCGACGAUACACUUACUGAAAACGUGUCAAAUGUAGCCCAGGUUGAUACUGUUGGGGAAAAUAUGGCUUCCGGUGAUACGAAACUUGAGAGUAUCGCUAAGACCUUCGGAGAUAGUGAAAAUGUUAAUGAAACGAAUGCUACAAUUGCUGAUAACAGUAAUCCUGGCGUAGAUAGAGCUAUACGUGGCAAACAAUAUGGAAUAAACAAUGUAAGCGUUGGUAAUGAUAAUGUGGUAACGGAUCAAUGCGAUAUUGCAAGCGCAUUAGAUAUUGGAUCCAAUGUUUGUAAAGAUACUAGUACAACCGAGGAAACGCCAAUGUUUGAUCAAAAACAAUCCGGAGAAGGUAAUAUAACUAAGUUAUCCUUAAAUAAACCAGAUAUUAAGCAGCUAAAUGUAAAGGCUGAAGAUGGUAAUAUUGUUGGUGAGAGUGACCAUCCGACAGGGGAUGGUGGGGCAGACAAAUCCAACCUUUCUCUAGACGAAGUGUUUGAAGAUUGCAUUGAAGAUAUUUCAUUAGAAGAGAAAGAUUCCCGUGUAGGUGAUAAUUAUUCUAUCGAGAUGAAAAUAGCGUUAGGUGUGGAAGAUGCUGCAUAGAUUUUAUACAAUAAUCUCAUAUUUAAUGUAGAACAUUAAAAUAAGUUGUUGAAUAUACAUUAUGUUUGUGUAGCAUAAAAAAUAUUUGGUUAGAAGCGAUUUUAAGUAUUUGAUGCCUCUUUGUUUUGUAUUUUUUAUUAUGUU